AUGAGCGAUAGAGAUACCCAGAGUUGUUCCACAAACAGUUUACAACCUCUACGCAAGCUCCUUUUUGAUCAAUCAAUGCAUUCAGGUGUAAAAAUAUAUCCACCUAAUCGACACCGUCUGAGUAGGGGUUCCAAUACAUUUAUGCACACGUUGCUGCUGCUGUUACUUGUUACAGUGAUUGCAAUGUUUGUCACACCCCCCUGGUUCCCCGUGGCGCAUGCUCUCCGAUUCGAACUGGUUGGUGAUACCAUCAACAACAACACUGUAUUUGCAUACGGCGUGGACAGCGUGCUACUGGAUGGUGUGUCCAUCGGAAACAGUGCGUCGGUGGUGUUUGACAUCGCCGCGAUGCUCCCUGGUGCGGUGCGCAUUGAGCUGAGAGACUGCGUGUGCGAUGGUGGGUCGCAGAUCUAUGUAUUGGGGUACAAUGAGGAUCCCGCAAGUAACCGGAGUCUGGAAGUGAGUGUGGAUAGAUUAUCUGGUCGCUUCUGCUCACUCGUCUUGGCACACAACCUGCCUCCGCAGACCAACGUGACAAUCCGAGACUCUACGAUCGUGACGACGGGACCCGUGAGCUACGCACCGGUCAACGGCCUGACGGAUGCCAUUGCGGCCCCGCUUGUGCUGUAUGCGACUGCGCUUUCGCAGUCACAGCUGCGUGUGGAGAACAGCGUUCUGCGGACGUCCGCCGCCGGUGGGAUGGCACUCUACGUGGGUGGCAACGUGUACCUACUGUCGAGUGCUGUGGUGCUUGACGGUGUUUCGCUGGAGGCGAGUGGAGGUGACGGGGCGUACGCGAUGUACGUGUCGCCUGCGUCUGUUCUGAGUCUGCAGAGCCUUUCAGUGUUCUCUGUGACGAACACGUCUGUUGUGAGCAGCGGCAGUGGGAUCGUCCUUGGCGAUAGCCUCACAAUGUCCCGUUCUGUGUUUCGCCUUGUGCGCCUUAAUGCGAACAUCGCUAACCCGCUGCUGCACGCAGGUGGCGGAACGAUUGGCGUUGACGCGUGGCUCGACAUAUACGGUGUGCGUGUAUCAGCAGUUGCGGGAGCUGGUGAGUCGUCAUCGUCGCUUGUCGCAUCGUUGUCAUCCGUAACGCUUGAUGGCGGUGUUGUCUCAAUUGUGCACUCCAUUGCUUCUGGCGCAACAUUUGCCACCGCUCCGACAGUGACAAGUGGCAUUAUUUCAGUGCAAUGUAACCGUCUCGGGACAAAGGUGCUGGAGGACACGAAUGAUUACACAGCCGCUGGUAUGCUCUCUGUGAACGUUGCACCAUGUUUCAGCUGCGUGGAGAAUCAGCGAUGCUUUACCGCACUGACAUCAUCGUUUCUGCCUAAUAAUUGUACGUGCAGCUGUUCUUCUGGUAGUUUCGGCCGCUCGUGCCUCCCGUUUGACGUGCCUUUCGCAAAACUAAACAGUCGUCCAUGUAUUACUGGCAUUACAAUAACAGAGUCCGCGACGCUUGGCUUUGAGGACCCAUCACUGUGCUUCAACAACGUUACACUUAGUGGGCCGAUCACUGUGAUAGUGGACCUGCGCCAGAUGAACACCUAUGUUGACUCUGUGUAUGUGACACUGUCCAAGUGCCUCCUCACUGGUGGUGCGCAGCUGAUCAUAAAUGGACUGAAUAGUAUAGAGGAAUGGAUGCCUCCACUCAAGGUAGACAUGAAGGAAGAUACAUCAAAUGAGGCUACCAUAGUAUUCCAGAGUCAGAUGCCACGGAAGUCACGUAUCAUUUUGGACAAAUCAGAGCUCUACGCGACAACGGACGGAUCGCUCUACGUACCUACAACCACUGGUGAGGAGGAUAAAAAGUAUGGGCCUGUACUUGUGUUAAACAAUCUGUGGCUAUUUGAAAGUCAGUUGGUUAUCACGGAGACACGGUUUACCUGUGUUGGAGAAAUGUGUUCCUCAAUUCUUGUGGAACACAACUUAAACCUGCAAGAGCGAACAUCAUUCUUCUUAUAUGGUUGUCUUAUAUAUGCUCAGAACCAUGGAAUGUAUUUCCUGGCAAGUGACCUUUACGUUUUAUCAAGUUCCGUGCUGUCGCUACAGUUGAAUAAAUGGUAUAGCUAUGGAGUCGGCGCAUUGAAAUCUCAACAAAUAGUAUUGCGCGACAGAGGCGUACUGCACCUCUAUUGGAAUUUCUUUUUUGUUGGGUAUUCUAUUUUCACAGCGAGUAAUAUCACCAUUGAAAAAGAGAGUUUACUUUCCCUACGUAGGUGUGGUUGCAACACAAUGCUUCUUUUCCAUGUGGAUGACGUCAAAGGCAAUAUUAAUGUCCUUGAUAACAGUGUAUGGUCGUUGCAUAGACUUACACUUGCCGAAGGAUGGUACAUGGCUAACACUGUAUGGGCUACAAAUGAUUUGUAUCCUGUUGUUUCUGCAGACUCUAAAGUGUAUGGUGGGAAUUUUUGGCACCUAGGUACUAUCAUGAACGACUAUUCUUUUGUGAAGGUAAACACUCCAGUUACGGUCUUUCCGACGUUUGAUUGUGCGAAAGAGCUCUAUUGUUAUCUUCCAUUUACAAAAUCUGUUACAGGUAGUUGCGUUUGUGUGUGUACUGCAGGUGGCUACGGACCCUAUUGUUUACCAGCGCCGCUCGAUGGUAUAGUCUUCAAACCAUCUUUUAUGACACCCAAAGAAACGGUUUACUGCAUACGUCGUCAGACCCUUGGUAAUAUUCUAAUGGCUGAGACUCAUGUCGGUUUUUGCUUCAUUGAUGUCAAUUUCAACGCACCAGUUGCUUUUGUACCUGCCAGUCCCGUCAAACCAAAUUACAAUAUCACUUUUUUGCGCUGUAAUUUCAUGGGACUUAGAAUAAUGGAAGGUAAUACAAACUAUUUAAUUACAAUAGACGCAUCUGUUUUUCAGGUGCCGUCAACAGAGAGUGCCGCUUUGACCCUUAAAGGUGCGUUUAAAGACGGUUCAACGAUUAUUAUAAAGAAUAACACCAUCACUUCACUGGCAAACAGCGGAAUAUUGUUUGACACAAAUUCUAUCGGAACAAAUUCGAUAGUACUGUUGCUUAACAAUAAAAUUGUUGCAGUUCAGAAUGCUAUUCUAUUCAACAGCAACUAUACCGUUGAUGGAAGCAGUUUUGUCGUGCAAAACUCCACACUGAAAACUUCAAGCAUGAUUGAUGAAACAUACGCUGCAUUGAAAACUCUCCAACUGAGUGUGGUGAACGGAGGGUACUUUGACUUCAGUGGCAACACACUGGAUACUGUUAGUGGUGUUAUGCUAUCUGAUGCGCUUCAAGUUUCAAAAAAUGGUCUAUUUAGAGUGGCGGGUUGCAGCUUCCUUGGGACAUCAGGAUAUGCGAAAAGUUCACUUCUCUUUUUGUCAGUGUCAGCGGCAUUAGCUGAUGGUAGUCAGUGGCGCAUGGAAAGGAACAAUGUGAAUGCUGGAUAUAUUAUUUAUAAUACUGGAUCCUCUAUAGUAUUAACAGGUGGCGGGACCACUGCUGUGAUAUCAAGCAAUACACAGGCGAAA